UAGUUCUACUCGGUCAACUCGAGUCAGACUCCACUCGAGUCGACUCGAGUGACAAUUCCGUUCUAUUCGAGUAGAGUCAACUCGCAUUUCGUAUUCUAUUCACUAAUCACUAUCCCACCCAAACCAAAGGGAACCCGAGAUUGGACGACUCGGUACGAACUCGUCCGGCUCGCUCCGACUCGUUACGAACUCGUCCGACUCGCUCCGACUCGUUACGAACUCUUACGACUCGCUACGAACUCGUCCGACUCGCUCCGAACUUUUAGCGCGAUCCAUCUCUUGUCAGACAGAAUAAGUCAUUUUGUUCAUAACCCUAAGUGAUGUUUUGAAAGUGAUCUGUAGCCAUUAUUAAUUUUCAUUCUAUCUAACUAUGCCUCGGUACAACAAAAAAUCUGUGGUAUGGGAGUUUUACAAGAAAACUACAGAUAAUCGAGUGCAAUGUAAGUUGUGUUCAUCUUCCUAUAAACAUUUCGGAAACACAUCUAACUUAGUAACACAUCUAAAGAAUAAACAUCCAGUUCAGUAUUUGGACACCUCUGAUAGACAGCCAUCUCCUGGAAUUUCAAGGAAGUCAAGCACGAAUCUUCCAGCAGGUCCCUUGGUUGAUUCCGUAAGUAAUGAUGCUUCUACUAGUGGAACACAAACACAAGAUACCAACAUAUCUUGUGAUAAUUUUGAUUCAGAACCUCCACGCAAACGCCAUAAACAAAUGAGACUAGUAGCACCUACCAAAAUAAAUCAAAAAUCUGUUGAUGACGCUUUGUUAGACAUGAUAGUUUUAGAUUAUCAGCCCUUACAGAUAGUAGAGAAUGUUGGUUUCAAAAACUACACUAAGAAACUUAACCCGGACUACACUCUUCCAAGCAGAAAACUGUUAUCGACCAAAUUACUCGAUGAACGGUAUAAGGUAUGCUCAGAAGCCCUUAAACAAAAACUAGCAACAGUUGAAAAUAUUGCAUUGACAACAGAUAUCUGGACGUCAGAUAGUAAUAGAAGUUACAUGUCUUUAACAUGUCAUUUCAUCCUUGAUGCCAAGUUAAAUUCUAACGUGUUAUCUACCUCUGAGUUACCCUUGGAUCAUACAUCUGAUAACAUAGCUAACGCUAUAAGAAACAUUGCAGAAGAGUGGCAAGUACAUCAUAAAAUUGUCGCUGUUGUUACUGAUAAUGCCAGCAAUGUUAAAAAGGCUGUCAGAGAAAUUUUACAUUUGCGUAAUCACUACUGUGUUGCGCACACAUUAAAUCUUGCCGUUAAGGAUUGCAUAUCGAAGGGCAAUGAUGAAAAUGAUCAUUUAAAACAUGAUGAAUUGAUCAAAAUUAUCAGCAAAUGUCGUUCAAUUGUGACUCAUUUCAACCAUAGUGCUAAAUCUUCCUAUAAAUUGAUAGAUAUUCAAAAUCAAAUGGGUCUAGAAACGCUUAAAUUGAAGCAAGAUGUCCCAACUCGGUGGAAUGCAACUUUAUUUAUGUUGGAACGGUUGGUCAAAGUUAAAAUUCCUCUUUCAGCUACUCUGCCACUUAUACAGUCACCUGUACCAUCUCUAAAUGCUUCUGAGUGGGAUAUAAUUGACGACUGCAUUGCUUUACUCCAGCCUAUAGAAAAAAUGUCAACAUUUUUGUGCGGAGAAGCUUACCCUACACUAUCCAGUGUUAUACCAUUAGUAAGAGGACUUCAAAGUGUACUAAUAAAAAAGAACCCCCAAACAGAUGCAGGUAAACAUCUAAAAUCAUCACUAAUUGAAGUCAUUGACAAAAGACUGAAUGUUUAUGAAAAUAACAGGACAUCAGCCAAAGCAACGUUCCUGGAUCCUCGUUUUAAGAAAAAGGCCUUUGGUGUUGAAUCCAAUGCCCAAAACGCUCAGAAGUGGGUAAUUGAAGAACUGACCAAACUCCAACCCGAAUCAAGACAACCUCACACACAAAGCCUACCACCACAACCUGAGCCAAGGCAAUCAGAAGAGGACAAUCUGUGGGAAACUUUUGAAAAAAAGGUAGCUGAAUUGACCACCUUUCAAACGCCAACUUCUUCAGCAACAAUAUUGAUAAAUCAGUAUAUAGAACUACCGUAUUUAGACAGAAAAGCGAAUCCACUCCAGUUUUGGGAAGAGAGGAAGCACAUUUUCCCUUCACUUUAUAAACUAGCCCAAAUGUAUUUGUGUAUUCCUGCAACUUCUGUUUCUUCUGAACGUUUGUUUUCUAAGGCUGGGAUGGUUGCCAAUGAACGCAGGAACAGACUACUGCCUAAAAAAUUGGACAGUAUUUUAUUCUUAAACAGCUGGAGCAAGCCUACAGUACCAAAUUCAAUGUAG